AUGAACGGCUCGCUGAACACGUCGCGGGGCGGCGAGGCGGGCUGGCAGCCCGAGUCCGUGCUGCUGCCGCUGGUCUACUCGCUCAUCUUCCUGGUGGGCACGGUGGGCAACGCGCUGGUGCUGGCGGUGCUGCUCCGCAACGGGCAGGUGCACAACACCACCAACCUCUUCAUCCUCAACCUGGGCGUGGCUGAUCUGUGCUUCAUCGUCUUCUGCGUGCCCUUCCAGGCUACCAUCUACACCCUGGAGGGCUGGGUCUUCGGGCCCUUCCUCUGCAAAGCCGUGCACUUCUUCAUCUACCUGACCAUGUACGCCAGCAGCUUCACGCUGGCCACCGUGUCCCUGGACAGGUAUUUGGCUAUAAGAUACCCUCUGCACUCCAGAGAACUAAGGACCCCCAGGAAUGGUCUCACUGCCAUUUGCCUCAUCUGGGGUCUUUCCUUUAUUUUUUCUGGUCCCUACCUCAGUUACUACGAGGAGUUCCAGACAGCCAACCUCACUGUCUGCCAUCCCAUUUGGAAAAUCUCCCAACGCAAGAUCAUGGAUCUCUGCACAUUCAUCUUCAGCUAUGUUAUCCCAGUGCUAAUCCUAAGCCUCACCUACAUGAGGACCAUCCGUUACCUCUGGACAUCUGUGGACCCCAUUGAAGACAUGUCUGAGUCCAAGAAGGCUAAGCGCAAGGUCACAAGGAUGAUCAUCAUUGUAGCUGUCCUCUUCUGCCUCUGCUGGCUGCCCCAUCACCUGGUCAUCCUGUGUGUCUGGUUCGGUUACUUCCCUCUCAACCAUAACACUUAUGUGCUUAGGAUCCUUUCACACCUGAUCUCUUAUGCCAACUCCUGUGUUAACCCCAUUGUCUAUGCCCUGGUCUCCAAACACUUCCGCAAGGGCUUCAAGAAGAUCUUCAUCUGCCUCUUGCACAAGAAGGUGGCCAACAAGGUGCAUGUAGCUCAAGUGAACAACACGGUCAGCACCUUAGAGGCAGAUCUGACGGAAGUAACACACAUCAGCGAGCCUCCACAUGCCAGGUCCUCCACCUGCUGCCAGCUCCCAGCCCAAUCAUGGGGGGAGGCAGAACUGGUUGGACGUCCACAGAAAACAGCCAACUCCUUCAUCACCUUCAAUGUUACCUAA